GAUUGAUUUAAUUUGUUGUGUUAUCUUUUGAUUUGAUGAAUUGCUUAACUUCGAGUACUCAAUUUGAAAUUUCAGAAGUUUCAUUUCCUUCUUCUAGGGUUUAAUAAAUUGUCUUAUGUAUAUGUUUAUCAUGUUUAACAAAAUUAAAGCCUGAUCAUUCUGCAGUAGAAGAUUAUUGAAAUGGUGAUAUUGAGAAGCCAUAACAGAAGAGAAAAGGAAAGGGAUAGGAUCAGUGAGUUACCAGAACCCCUCAUUCAUCACAUAUUCUCUUUUCUUCCCAUUAAAUGUGUUGUUUCCACAAGCAUUUUAUCAAAAACAUGGAGGUAUAGAUGGACAUCCAUUCCCAUCAUUGACUUUCGCGAUCGCAAGUGUCCUUCUGCUUACACCAAAGAGACCAAAGCAUUCAUUAGAUUUCUAGACAGAGUGUUGUCUUUUCGCCAAGAUGUUCAUUCACCGAGUAUAAAGAAAUUCUGUAUUUCUUUCGAUAUUUCUAUUGGUAAAUCCCUGAUUGAUGAGUGGAUUACUACUGUGCUGGGAAAGAAAGUUGAAGAGCUUGUUCUUAAUGAUCGUAGAGGUAGUACUUUGCUUCCUCCGGGCCUUUUUAGUUGUGAGUCACUGGCUAUAUUGGAGAUUAGUAAGUCUUAUCUCCAGCUUCCGGAAUCAGUUUUUUUUCCAAACCUCAAGAUCCUUCGACUGAGUGUUUUUGUGGAAAAAGAGCAGGUCAUUCAAAGGUUGAUUUCCUACUCCCCUAUUCUUGAAGAGUUGAUUUUGAAAGGGUUUAAUUGGCCUAUUCAGCAUCUAAGUAUUUUUUGUCCUAAUUUGAAGAGGUUGUUGAUUGAUUAUGCAGUAGAUCCAAACUUCGAUAUCCAGAUUAAUGCUCCAAAUUUACAAUCAUUCAAAUACUCCAGAGUUCUUGCAAAGGAUUUUGCUCUGCCUAAAUUUUUAACAUUGCUUGAUGCAGAAAUUGUCCUUGCAUGUCCAGCAGGUUGUAGGGAAAGGGGUGAACUUGGUCAUCUUGCAACGAAGCUUUUCAGUAGUCUUUCUUAUGUGAAACAUCUAACUAUAUCUGAUUGUAGCUUAAAGCGUCUUUCCUAUCAAGAUCAUUUCCAAAAGAAAAUGCUUACAUUUCAUAAUUUAAUCCAUUUGAAAGUCACGAGUGCAAGAUUAUAUUUUGGAUUAGGAUGUCGGGAUGAGGGUAAUCUGCCAUGCUGGGUUGUUGGAAUACUACUCGACUUUCUUCAUAUCUCGCCUAAUCUGGAGUCACUAAUUUUUGCUGAAGGUUUGUGCAGAUAUGCAUCUACCAGUAGUAAUGAAUGGUCACUAAGUCCAAUUCCUCAGUGUUUGUUGCGAAGCCUCAAGUUGAUUGAAUUUCACGGGGUUUGGGGGAAGCAAGUCGAGAAGGAUUUGAUAAGAUUUUUUCUGAAGAAUGCAAAAGUUUUGCAGAAGCAGCAAGACACCCACAAGGAGUUUGAGAAAAGGCCUGCGAAACCAGUUCUUGAACCAAGUUGUUCUCGCAGCUUACCAUGGUUUGUACGGCCAACCAGUUCUUGGUCAGAUUUUAAUUUCUUAGUCUUUUGUUGUGGUCUUUAGUUCUUAGAGUUUACC